AUGUUGUAUUUUAGAUUUUAUAUUUUCGCCUUUCUCUUAAAUUUUCCUUUUACUUUUGCUGCUUUUAUUCCAAAUGCAAGAUGGCUUCAUUCAUCAGUCCUUAUUGAUAACAAACUCUAUUUUAGUGGUGGAAAAAUUAAUAAUCAAAGUAAUACCACGAAUGAAUUCUUUUAUUUGGAUGUUUCUAAACCAUUUAAAACAACCGAAGAUGUCUUAAUACCAUGGGUUGACCUUACUUAUACCGGCGGUCCUCAAAAAGCAUAUGUUACAGCAUGUAUUGGUGGAAAAAAUAACGAUAUGAUUUUUAUUUUUGGUAAUAAACCUAAUAAUAAUCAAUCAUUCGUUAAUCAAUUUGAUACAAAUAAACAGCAGUGGAUUAAUAUCACAUCUUCUGGAAGUGUACCCACAGAUAGAGAUCAAAUUUCAUGUGCUAAAUUUAAUAAUGGACUGAUUGCUAUUUUUAGUGGUUAUAAUUAUACACCUAUUGCUAGCACUAAUGAACUUUGGAUAUUCAAUACGCUAACAUUGACAUGGAAUUUAAGCAGUGCAAUAAAUGCUCCUUCAUCUCGAAUAUAUUAUUGCGCAAUAACUUUGCCUGAUGAUAAUAUUUUAUAUCUUGGUGGAACCAAUCUUACUGAUUUUUCAUUAUUCAUGCCAAUGAACAAUGUUAAUGUUGAGAUCAAUAUUAUAGAUCAAACAUGGGUCAUAACUUUAGCAUUUACAUUACGACCAAGCAUUGCUAUGAAAAAUCGGCUUUGGAGUUCUUUUAAGAAUCCUAUCGCUAUUUGGGAAAG